GUCAUUCAUUUCCCCCAGUGACCUUGACAAGUCAGAAGCUUGAAAGCAGGGAAAUCCGGAUGUCUCGGUUAUGAAGUGGAGCAGUGAGUGUGAGCCUCAACAUAGUUCCAGAACUCUCCAUCCGGACUAGUUAUUGAGCAUCUGCCUCUCAUACCACCAGUGGCCAUCUGAGGUGUUUCCCUGGCUCUGAAGGGGUAGGCACGAUGGCCAGGUGCUUCAGCCUGGUGUUGCUUCUCACUUCCAUCUGGACCACGAGGCUCCUGGUCCAAGGCUCUUUGCAUGCAGAAGAGCUUUCCAUCCAGGUGUCAUGCAGAAUUAUGGGGAUCACCCUUGUGAGCAAAAAGGCGAACCAGCAGCUGAAUUUCACAGAAGCUAAGGAGGCCUGUAGGCUGCUGGGACUAAGUUUGGCCGGCAAGGACCAAGUUGAAACAGCCUUGAAAGCCAGCUUUGAGACUUGCAGCUAUGGCUGGGUUGGAGAUGGAUUCGUGGUCAUCUCUAGGAUUAGCCCAAACCCCAAGUGUGGGAAAAAUGGGGUGGGUGUCCUGAUUUGGAAAGUUCCAGUGAACCGACAGUUUGCAGCGUAUUGUUACAACUCAUCUGAUACUUGGACUAACUCGUGCAUUCCAGAAAUUAUCACCACCAAAGAUCCCAUAUUCAACACUCAAACUGCAACACACACAACAGAAUUUAUUGUCAGUGACAGUACCUACUCGGUGGCGUCCCCUUACUCUACAAUACCUGCCCCUACUACUACUCCUCCUGCUCCAGCUUCCACUUCUAUUCCACGGAGAAAAAAAUUGAUUUGUGUCACAGAAGUUUUUAUGGAAACUAGCACCAUGUCUACAGAAACUGAACCAUUUGUUGAAAAUAAAGCAGCAUUCAAGAAUGAAGCUGCUGGGUUUGGAGGUGUCCCCACGGCUCUGCUAGUGCUUGCUCUCCUCUUCUUUGGUGCUGCAGCUGGUCUUGGAUUUUGCUAUGUCAAAAGGUAUGUGAAGGCCUUCCCUUUUACAAACAAGAAUCAGCAGAAGGAAAUGAUCGAAACCAUAGUAGUAAAGGAGGAGAAGGCCAAUGAUAGCAACCCUAAUGAGGAAUUGAAGAAAACUGAUAAAAACCCAGAAGAGCCCAAGAGUCCAAGCAAAACUACCGUGCGAUGCCUGGAAGCUGAAGUUUAGAUGAGACAGAAAUGAGGAGACACACCUGCGGCUGGUUUCUUUCAUGCUCCUUACCCUGCCCCAGCUGGGGAAAUCAAAAGGGCCAAAGAACCAAAGAAGAAAGUCCACCCUUGGUUCCUAACUGGAAUCAGCUCAGGACUGCCAUUGGACUAUGGAGUGCACCAAAGAGAAUGCCCUUCUCCUUAUUGUAACCCUGUCUGGAUCCUAUCCUCCUACCUCCAAAGCUUCCCACGGCCUUUCUAGCCUGGCUAUGUCCUAAUAAUAUCCCACUGGGAGAAAGGAGUUUUGCAAAGUGCAAGGACCUAAAACAUCUCAUCAGUAUCCAGUGGUAAAAAGGCCUCCUGGCUGUCUGAGGCUAGGUGGGUUGAAAGCCAAGGAGUCACUGAGACCAAGGCUUUCUCUACUGAUUCCACAGCUCAGACCCUUUCUUCAGCUCUGAAAGAGAAACACGUAUCCCACCUGACAUGUCCUUCUGAGUCCGGUAAGAGCAAAAGAAUGACAGAAAAGUUUAGCCCCUGAAGGCCAUGGAGAUUCUCAUAACUUGAGACCUAAUCUCUGUAAAGCUAAAAUAAAGAAAUAGAACAAGGCUGAGGAUACAACAGUACACUGUCAGCAGGGACUGUAAACACAGACAGGGUCAAAGUGUUUUCUCUGAACACAUUGAGUUGGAAUCACUGUUUAGAACACAUACACUUACUUUUCCUGGUCUCUACCACUGCUGAUAUUUUCUCUAGGAAAUAUACUUUUACAAGUAACAAAAAUAAAAACUCUUAUAAAUUUCUAUUUUUAUCUGAGUUACAGAAAUGAUUACUGAGGAAAAUUACUCAGUAAUUUGUUUAAAAAGUAAUAAAAUUCAACAAACAUUUGCUGAAUAGCUACUAUAUGUCAAGUGCUGUGCAAGGUAUUACACUCUGUAAUUGAAUAUUAUUCAUCAAAAAAUUGCAAAUAGUAGAACGCUAUCUGGGAAGCUAUUUUUUUGUUUUGAUAUUUCUAGCUUAUCUACUUCCAAACUAAUUUUUAUUUUUGCUGAGACUAAUCUUAUUCAUUUUCUCUAAUAUGGCAACCAUUAUAACCUUAAUUUAUUAUUAACAUACCUAAGAAGUACAUUGUUACCUCUAUAUACCAAAGCACAUUUUAAAAGUGCCAUUAACAAAUGUAUCACUAGCCCUCCUUUUUCCAACAAGAAGGGACUGAGAGAUGCAGAAAUAUUUGUGACAAAAAAUUAAAGCAUUUAGAAAACUU